GACCAGUGGCUGUGGCCCUCCGCGACGGGGCGAAUGGACGUGCAGCUCACAGAAAUAGAGCCGUAGCAGAGAGCACAUCUGACAUGGUUCGUCGCGUCAUCCACGAUCCCCGGGUCAUGUGGCCUUUCUGCCUUGAGAUUGUGGUCCGAAUCAGGUUUCAUGUUUGUCCAUGCUUACGACGCAGCCCGGCCCGACUUGCGGAACCACCUCAAGAGGGUGAUCAAUGGUUUGGUAUGCCUCGAGUGCGAGCAUUUCAACGCCUCAGUGUUGUGCGAGGACUGCGUAGACCUUUUCUGCACCGAGUGUUUCAUCAAGUUACAUCGCAAGGGAAAGAGGCGGCAGCACGUCCACCUCACCAUCGACAAUACGGGCCAAAUAUUCCGUGGCGGAUUUUUGGUUCCGCCAGAAGAGGCGCAGGUGCUCACCGACAGGGCCCGCUCCACGAUAGAGUCCGGUCCGUGGGUCCCGUUCCGCGACGACCAGCUGAACGUGUUCUGGUACCACCUCAUCGACAAGUCGACGGUGACGCAGAGCCCUGUGGACCCUGUGACUGGCGUCCCAGCUUCCGUGGCGCUCGAGGAGCCCGUCUCCAGCAGCAUGAGCUGA